AUGCAGUUUGCAAUCUGGCUGGUUGGACUAAUGUGUCAUCUGUCAGCACUUGUCCGGAACUCCUUGGAAUACCGAUUGCAUCCGAAACAAGGUAGGCUAUUUAUCUCGUUGAUUUAUGGAUGGUAGCAUCCAUAAAAUGCGAUAUCUGAAAGUAUAUGUUUAAACUGUUUAGUAGCCUAAUGGCGCUGAAGAAAGAUGCCAGUAGAGUACAUUGUAGGCUAAGUGAUACAAAAUAGUUGCAUGUCAAAAACGGUUACAUUGACGCGUCUUUAUUGGCUAUAUCUUUUACCGUUACAAUCUCUCUGAAUGAAUCUCACUAAUGCACGUUUCCUUGCAUUUUAGAAAGUUUCAUCAAACAGUUGUCAUCCUAUGAAAUUAUCACCCCGCUGCGGAUAAAUGAUUUCGGAGAAUCAUUCACCCACAAGUUUCACUACAAAAGGAAACGGAGAAGUGUGAAUUCGGAUUCUUUGGAUGGUUUACAUGCUCACUACAGAAUUGAGGCGUUCGGACAACGCUUUCAUCUCAAUCUAACCGCCGACUCCGGUUUUAUUGCCCCCACGUACACUGUGACACAUUUGGGAGCGGAGCACAGCAACUCAACAGAGUCCCAACAACAAGAAGCCAGCGAUAUGCGGCACUGCUUUUUCCGCGGACACGUCAACGCCAAGAUUGAAUCCACCGCAGUCUUCAGUCUGUGCACUGGUCUU